AUGAACAAGGACAAAGAGCUGGAGAGGCUGCUCGCCGAGAUGCGAGAGGAGCCGAUAAGUCAGCUAAAGAACAAGAAAAACUCAGUUAAGACAAGUACAGCAGCAUCCUCGGAUAACUCGCGCAUCAGAGAUCAACUGUGGGAGCAGAGCAUAACAAGUACAGCGGGCGAUGGCGUGCUUUGGAACAAAGAGUUCAAAGUUGGGGGGAAGGUGGAUCAGUUCCUCAAGGAGUCCUCACAACUGUCGAGGCUGUCACAAAACCCAGAUGACAGGAGGAGCCUGUUGAAAGACGUUCAGCGCCUGGCGGUGGAAGAAGCGAUCCGUUGGAGAGAAAUGAGCAAGCUGGCGGGGGAAUUCCGGUUGAUGGGUGGUGACAAACUCGGAGCGAAGUGGACCAGGCAGUUCGAGAAAUGGCUGUACAGCAGGCGCGCUGCAUGCCCGACUUGCCCGGCAGGCAUUUUUCCACUGGGCAAGGAGAAUGAAAAGGACGAGGAGCUCAAGAGGAAGCUGGAAGCAGCUGGCAUAUCUUCGAAGCAGGCCGAGAAAAUUUGUGAGACGAUAGGGAAAGGGGCGAGAAAGGCUGCGGCUACAGUUGGCAGAACUCUGGUGGGGAAAGGUGGGAAAGUGAAAGUGAAGCGGGUCGACAUGCAGGAGGGCGAAAGGACGAGGACCAAGUAUGUGCUGAGAUGCUCGGGGGUUACCAUGGAAGUGAAUUUCGAUCACUAUGUCAAGUUACAAGAAUUGAUGAAGCAUUCUGGGUUCGUGAAGCAUUCAGAUAUGACGGAAAGCUUCAUCUCUUGCGCAAUCUUCAGCUUGCUCGCAAGGUACUCGUCGUUUCAGGGGGGGCAUUACAAAGCUGGCGGUUUUCAAGCUGCAAUACAUGGAAGUUGUUUCGACACGCUGAUGGUGGAGUUCGGGUGCUGGUUGGAGUGCUUUGCCUCGCCCAUGAACUGCCGUUAUUCAAGAUUUUGUUCUGCGCACUUUGACACGGACUACAUUUUCGGCAGCAUUGGCUCUUUCUUUCAAUUCUUCCCGAGGGAAGGAAGUUUCGAGGCCAACCCUCCCUUCGAUGAUGGUACAAUCUUGAAGAUGAUCGAUCACAUGGAAGACAUCUUUUCCAAGAGCUCCUUGCCACUGUCCUUCAUCAUCAUCAUCCCAUACUUGCCAGAUCAAAACGGCUGGAGAAGGGUGUAUUCCAGCGAGUACAAGAGAGCUCACUUGAAAGUGAAGCAGGCAGAGCAUGGCUACUUCGAAGGCUCACAGCACGACAGGAUCAACCGAUACAGGAUCGCUCCUUUUGACACGAGCGUCAUCUUCCUCCAGAACGAGGCGGGCAGCGAGAAGUGGCCGGCAACAAAGGAGAAGCUCUUGAAGCUUAGAAACGCCUUCAAGCCGAAGCUCGAGCUGAACCCCCAUGGGCUCAACUUCGUGGCUCCUGAUCACUCCGACAAUGAAGAAGAUGAGGCUGGUCGUGAGCAGCUUGAGGAGAGCGGGGACGAGAACGAGGAGAAUGAGAAAAGAGUCAAGUCAGAUGUCAAGCACAACGAAGUGUCAACGAAGAGACAGAAAAGAUAA